CGGAUUAGCUUCUGUGGACAUUUACUUGCGUCGCUAAAGACCUGCAACAAUACAUACAGUGAUCUGGAGAUCAGGCCUGUUAGUGAUUUUUGCAUUUUGUAUUCCUGGCCUCAUUCACGUGGCUCUCCACUGCUCCAGAUUACACUUCAUAAUCCCAAACACUCUCCAAAACGCAUGCUUUUACACACACUCGUCCAUUCAAGCAACAAGAUACAAUGAGAACAUGUGAGGGGUUAUAUUUAUUGCAAUUGCUAGCUUUCUGAGGCUUUCUGGGGUCAAAGGAUAAUGAUGAAUUGUUUCUGAGAAGAUCGGAGAAAUAAGAAUCUUGGAACUAUAGCAUGUAGGCGUCGCUUGAACAAAACCUGGGAUAUCUGCAUCUGCUGAACCUAAACCAGCUCUUGGACACCUAGACAUUUGAACUUUUUUGGACCAUUUUUGGACAUUUGAACUUUUUUGGAGAAAACACAACUAAUUCGAUAGAGAAUCAAAUAAUAAAUCUACUCACUUCAGCUGAUCUCUUGGUUUGGACGAAUCAGGCUUCAGAUUAUCAGUUGUUUUGGAAGAACAGCAAAAAGAUGUCUGACACAUUUGAUGUUCCACGUGUGCGCUCUGACAGUACGUCUACCAUGGAGUCUCAGUCUACUUCAUCACGGAUGAUUCUUCGCGAGCGGCUCGCUCAGUUGCUCGUCUGCUUAGAAGAUCUCAGCUCAGAUGAUGAGGCAAAUGAGGAAGUGUCCCGUACGCUAGAUGAAGCCUUUUACCUCUGUGGAAAAUACACCAACAGAGAGUCCUUCAGGCUGCACAUGGUCACAUGGAAUGUUGGCACAGCGGAGCCACCAGCUGAUGUGAGGUCUUUACUGCAUCUUGACUCACAGCAGGCCACUGACCUCUAUGUGAUUGGUCUACAGGAAGUGAAUGCCAAUCCAGUGCGGUAUAUCUCUGAUCUCAUUUCUGAGGACUCAUGGAGUCACCUUCUCAUGGAUACCCUGGCACCAAUGGGAUAUAUAAAGGUGACUUCAGUGAGGAUGCAGGGUUUACUUCUGAUACUGUUUGCAAAGCAGGUCCACCUGCCUUUCAUCAGAGACAUCCAAAGUACAUACACCCGCACAGGCCUAUUUGGAUACUGGGGAAAUAAAGGUGGUGUGUCUGUGCGUUUUUCUUUCUAUGGUCACAUGCUGUGUUUUUUGAACUGUCAUCUGGCGGCUCAUAUGAACUACGCCCUGCAACGCAUGGAUGAGUUUGAAUAUAUACUGGACAUGCAAGACUUUGAUAUGUACAACACUCCACAAGUGCUUGACCACAAGGUAGUCUUCUGGUUUGGUGAUCUGAACUUUCGCAUAGCUGACCAUGGGAUGCACUUUCUCCGCUCCUCGAUCAACAAUGGCCGCUUUAACCUGCUGUGGAACAGAGAUCAGCUGACCAUGAUGAAGAAGAAAGAAGCUAUUCUUCAGGAAUUUGAAGAGGGACUGUUGUGCUUUAAACCCACUUAUAAGUUUGACCGUUUCUCUGAGACUUACGAUACAAGUGGUAAAAAGCGGAAGCCUGCCUGGACGGAUCGUAUCUUGUGGAGGAUAAAACCCAAAGCUAUAGACACUGAGGAUGAGAAUAGGUCGACAACAUCAUCAGCUGACGAUGAUGAGUAUCCUAUUAAGGUGACACAGGGCACGUACACCUGUGAUGUCUCGUAUGGGGUCAGUGACCACAAACCCGUCAUUGGGACCUUCAAUCUGGAGAUGAGAAAAAAGGUGGAGACGCCUCUAGUCACACUAACCGUGGAGGGACGCUGGAGUGCAGAUGAAGAUGCCACAUUCACCUACACCAUUCUGGAAAACUUUGAGUCCUCAACCUGGGACUGGAUCGGAUUGUACAAGAUUGGCUUUAAAAGUGCAUCUGAUUACUCCACCUUCGCUUGGGUCAAAGAUGAUGAAAUAGCUGCCAACGGCGAAGUCGUGACGGUCCAGAUGAGUAAAAGUGAGCUCCCCCUGCUGGCAGGGGAUUAUGUUCUUGGCUAUUACAGCACCAACAUGCAAACACUUAUUGCCUUUAGUCCGACUUUCCAGAUUCUUGAGUCUCAACAAGCUGUAAUGGAGGGUCUGGUACCUGAGAACAUCAAUGGACAUGAGAAGUAAUUGGAUAACUUCUAAACUCUGGGGCAUGUUCACAUAUGUAAAAACUUACAGCAGGAGAUAUGAUUUGAGAUCAUAUUUGCCUGUGUAAACAGACCUUUGCUUAGUUUGGUUUUAGAAGGUAAAACUGAUUCUGAUAAAGUCUGGUUUAAUGAGUGUGGUUUAAAAUCUAAGGCUUUAAAAAUUCCCAAACACUCAGUCUAGUUACUGAACACGCUGCAGCACUCGUUUUCAUUCUCUCUUUAUCCACAGUUCUUGUUAAAUGAGUCUGUGGUGAGCUUCUCCAAACACACACACAUAUUGUACACAUUGCGCUAUUCUAAUGUAGUAGGCCUAUGUAGAACCUGUAUCUGCCACUAGAGGACAACAAACUGACCAUGUUAAGAUCUACACAUUUCAGUGUCAAAGAUUUUCUUUUUUUUGUUUUGUUGCAAAUUUGAUACUAAUAUCACUGUAAAACUAAUAAGAGUGUGGAACUCUCUUAGGCCUAUAUUUCAUGCCAAAAUCAACACAUAAAUGUUGAAAAAAUCCUCAUUUUUUUUUUAAGUAAUCAAGUUUUACAAUACACAAUUAUGCAUUGUUAUAUACAUACAUUAUAUAUAUUACAUAUAUACAUGUACAAUAUUAUAACAUACAUUAAAUGCAUGAUGUUGCAUUUAUUUUGCCUAUUAUAUCUGGAACUGAUUACGGUAUCUUACAGUUUUACUAAACAUUGGUGCUGUGCUUUAUACAGUAUUUCACUGUAUGUUUUAUAUGUCAGUGCCUUUCUAUAUGAUAAUGUGUGACUUUUCGGUAUCUAGAACAACAGUUGACCUUCUGAUUGUUAAAAUGCCAUUUUGUUUACACUGUCACUGAGUUGAUUCAACCCUUUAUGAUUUGUUAAAUGUAUUAAAAUAUUUCUGCAAUCAAGCACUUGAACGCAACAAUGUAAUUGGGAUUGUAAGCUAUUACAUUAAAAGGUUAACAUCUGAAUAUCUGU